UUUAUGUUGCUCAUCUCUAGUUUGUAUAUGUAGAAUUUAAACUUAUGUUAAUCAAUAUAAAAUGAGCGUAAACAUGUUAGGAAACAUAGAUGAAAAAAAUGUUGUGGUUCCGAACGUAGAUGAACUGCCAUACUUUCCCGAGAAGUUUCCCGGGAAAGUUUGUUGUCUAUGUAACCUUGGGGAGCGAAGCGGUCUUGGUCAAGGGACCAUGCUUCAACUAAAAGUUCCUGCGGAUCUCAAGGAAAGAAAACCCAAUGAAACUGAAAAGGAUCAAAGUAUUAUUCGCAUAAUGAAUUCUUCGCUGAAAAGUAAAAAUGUAGGCAAUGGUGAGAACACCUAUGAGCUGGAUAAAAUCGGCUACACAGACUUGGUAAAUGCUGUGGUGUUCUUUGAUGAAGAGUUUGUUUACGUACAUCGCAUGUGCAUAAUGUGGACUCUGCGUAAAAAAGUUCAGAUCAAGGAUCCAGAUAUAUUGCAAUUCUUAAGCAAUUUAAAUGAGUAUUUGGAGCAGAAAUGCAGCUUCUGUGGCCAAUACGGAGCGUCCAUCACUUGCAAAAUGAAUUGCCGACAAGUCCAUCAUUGGCCGUGUGCCGCUGCAGCCGGUUGUUUUCUCAUCUUGGAAAGUUUCACUGUAUUCUGCACGGAGCAUUUGAGUCAGGUGCCAUUAAUCUGCACUGAUAACAAUGUUGGAUGUUUGACGUGCUCAUCAUUGGGUGAUCUGUCCAAGCUAAUAAUGUGUUGCUCGUGUGGAGAUCAUUUUCAUUCCACUUGCAUUGGACUAGCUAAUUUACCUGAUACGAGAUCUGGUUGGAGCUGUGCCCGCUGUACAAAAUGUCAGAUUUGUAGACAACAGGAAGCAAAUGACAUUAAAUUCAUCAAGUGUGAGCAAUGCCAAAAGAUCUACCAUGCCACUUGCUUACGGCCUGUAAUAUCUUCGAUCCCCAAAUAUGGCUGGAAAUGUAAUCGAUGUCGUGUUUGCACGGACUGUGGAUCUCGAACGCCCGGUGGAGGUAGCUCAUCUCGCUGGCACAGUCACUAUACAAUUUGCGAUUCGUGCUAUCAGCAAAGAAACAAAGGAUUUUCCUGCCCAAUUUGCCAAAAGGCUUAUAGAGCUGCUGCCUACAAGGAAAUGGUUAAAUGCAGUUGCUGUCACAAGUUUGUUCAUAGCACAUGUGAUGAGGAGGCUGACUUGACCGCAUAUCACAAAACAAAGGAAUAUAAUCCGGACUAUGAUUAUGUUUGCCCCAUUUGUAAAAGUAAUUCAGCUGGGGCCAAGAUUGUUGAUCCGCUCGAACGGUCCCUAGCUGAUAUGCAGUCUUCAGAGCAGUUUAAUAUCAAACAUGUGGAAAUCGAACCGUUAAAUGGAAAACCUUGCAUUGAAGUCAACAGUGAAGAUCCUCUCAAAUUGCCGAAUACGAAGAAAAAAGUUUGCCUCACAAAUAUCCGCGGCAAAGGCGGUAAAUUUGUUUUGCACCGCAUGGGGGCAAUAUCGCAGCUAGGGAAGAAGCGCAGCAAUAGGGGAAAAGGACGUCAACUUGUUCUUCAAAGCGGUUCAAGUGAUCGCUUCAUUGGCCGUACCAUGGAUACAGACCUUUCGAGUGACAAGAAGUUGUUAUUGUGUUCGGCACGAGAUAAGUUUGUGCUCUCGCAGGACAUUUGCGUCAUGUGCGGCACUUUGGGCAUUGAAAGCGACGCCGUUUUGAUCACUUGUGCACAAUGUGGCCAAUGCUAUCAUCCUUACUGCGCCAGUGUCAAGCAGUCGAGAGGCAUGUUGCAGAAGGGUUGGCGUUGCCUCGAUUGCACAGUCUGCGAAGGCUGUGGCAAAAAGAAUGACGAGGCACGUCUGCUUCUUUGCGAUGAAUGUGAUAUCUCGUAUCAUAUAUACUGUGUGAAUCCGCCCUUGGAGACAGUGCCCCAUGGCAAUUGGAAAUGUUCUUUUUGCACGAUCUGUCAGAAGUGUGGCCGGAAUCCGACUGAGAAAAUCAACUUCAAUGAACCAAGUGCGCCUGAAUGCUUGCCGUGCGCCAGCCAAAAUAACUGCUUUGUGUGCAAGAAGAGCUACACCGAAGGCGAGAUGAUUAUUCAGUGUGAGCAAUGCGAGCAAUGGUCACAUUUCUUGUGCGACUCCGUAAACACGCAGCUCACAAUGGAAUACUAUGAUAAUAAUGUGUACAAGUGCAUGAAAUGCCGCGCCAGCUCGAAAGCGAUUUUGCCUGCCAAUGCAAAUACAAAUUUAAAUGAGGAGUCUACGGCGGCUGCGAAGCUUUUACCGGACGUGCCUCAAGAAGGAAAGGCGAUGGGCGUCGCGGAUCGGAAUAUUCGUUUGCCAAACGAAUUGUUGGAGAGCACAGAAGCUAUUCAUUGGAUAGACGGAGUGUGCCUGAGUGAAAAUGGAUUGAAUAUGAUCAAAUCACUGUCCACCGAAAUUAAGCGGAAAAGAAAAAUGCGUCAACCUAUGGGUAAUUCGAAAGAUCCACAAAACGAAAGUGCAAUCUCUGAUGAUGUGCAAGGUGAUAAAUAUAAGGACGGUAUGAUUUGGGACAGAACGGAAACUGCAAUACCGGAAGGCUUUUCCAUUUCCACCAACGAUGAUGGUGUCCAUGUUCUACGCAAAAAACGACAGCGUAAUCUGCAGAAGCUGGGUAUCGGUGGAUUUUCUGUUCGAAAUCGAGCACUCAAGAAAGAUAAUGACGAUACGAUGGAUCAACUGAAUGCCAUGUUAGUCGCAGACAAGAAGAAGAAAAUAAUACGCAAAAAGCAAAAGAACAAAAUCAUCGAGGCGUAUCCGCAAUAUUUACAAGAAGCUUUCUUCGGGAAACCUCUUUUAGAAUCUAACGAAGCCGUGCAAUACGAUUCUGAAUCUUCCGAUGACAUCGGAUCCGCAGUGAAAAUGUACUUUACUCCUACAAGCGAAAAAGUCCCUGACAAUGAUGUUGCUAAUAAAAGCCCAGCGAAGUCAGUUAAGAGCGUGAAAGUUGAGAAAACUUUAAAUGAAAACAAAAACGUAUUUGCCAAUCAAUUCCCAACAGCGACGCAACAAAAUAAAAAGCUAGUAACUAGUGGAUCGAUGAUUGAUUCUAAUAUGUCAGAUAUAUCAAGGAAUACUGCGGCACCCAAUAUUGUGCAUUCUAUGGAUACUUUGACAACACAGGGCAUACCGGAGUUAGAUGAAAUUAAUGCUUCAAUCAAUUAUAUAGCAUCAAACGAUAAUACAAAAUCAACAAUGAGUGAGCCACCACUUUUAGUGGAGAAUUACGCGGUGUCCCCACAAUUGGGUCACGACCAAAAGUUCCAAAACAAAAUGCCACAAAAUAUAACUAAUAAGCCGCCACAGCUUCAAUAUCAGGCGAAAACGCAAACUAUCACAACGCAACUUCCUCUACAAACUGAGAAAAGGGUUGAAGAAGUUAAACCUAGCGAGCCCACUGAGUGCAUAAAUGUUGGAACACAGAAGACGGCUGAAAAAAUGCGAAAAGACGAAGAUCUUGGACUUAUGGCAACGAUUUCGGCAGUAUUGUACGCUAAUACAGAGCAUGCAAAUUUGAAAGAGUCUUAUCCUAAUUGGACUGAUCGUUGCAAGCAGAUUUUAAAGAGGUGGCGAUCUCUAUGCAAUGAGAAAAAAGCGCCGUUUUUACAAAAAGCAAAAGACAAUCGGUCUGCAUUGCGACAGAGGCGCGAACAAUGCAAAGUUACCCAGCCUCCUAAGCUAGAAAAGCAGGAUGAUGGACGCGCUUGGAAAAAUCAGCCCUGUAAGCCAAAGGAAGAUCAAUCAAAUAUGUUUGGUGGAGUUUCCUACGAAGCACCAUGCUAUAUUGGAUCUUCUAUGCAGGCCACCAAUUCCCAUCAACAAAUGGUAAUCUCUAAUGAAAAUCUGGUAGUUAAAUCUACAAUCCAAAGGACAACUAUGCAUGCAGGCUCACCAUCCAUAUCAAAAAUGUCUUCUGUUGACAAUCGAAUGGAGCAUACGACAACAUUUGAGUCUGAACCAGUUGGAGACAAAAAGCUGAGAAAUCUAUUACAAAAAAAUAGUUCCGAUGCGGUCCUAAUGAAUUCCAACUCUGAAUACUUUAUGCAAAAUGAUGUCUUGAGACUUGGCCUGAUGCAAAAUGCCGCCUUAACACAGAAUAAUCCAAUGUUAAGCAUGAGUGGUAAUCCUCAACAUACUGAUAUUAGAGGAUUAGAGCACGAUGGAAAAGCUCAGCUUGAUAUGAAAAUAACGGAGUCACAGGAAGGCAUUUCGUCCUCGGCAGUAGAAUUAGAAAACGUUGGAUUUGGAGAUAUCUUAGGCGGAUUCGGUGAGGGCGAUGAUGAUGACUUGCUUAAAUCCCUAACUUCAGAAAUUGGUGAUGAUUUUAAUAUAUUGGAAUAUGCGGAUCCAGAACUCGAUGUUAAUGUUCUUAAUACUUUGGACUUCGACGAUACAGAGAAAAACUCAACGUGAACAUGAAUACAUCAUCAUCAUCUUAGACAAUAACUACUAUAUCAACUUAUUUUAUUAACGAUUGUAUAAUAUAUUGCAGACAGCAUUUUUUAGCCCUUUAAAAAUGUAUUAAUUUU